UUGUUCAAAAUCCUCGAGCACCUAUCUUACCCUCUUUUCGCGAUUCCCUCUACCGAGUAACUCGAACCUCCUUCUCGGACAUCUUGAGCGAAAGACGGAGUGAGCAACAAGCGACACACUUCGAUUCGGUCUGGAAACAAGUUCGGCUUGAAAACGGCCCCCCCGCCAGUACACCUACCCCCCUCGUCCCACACCCGCGCCCGUUCACACUCGGCUUGUUCGGAGGUGUGUUGGAUACUCAGCCCUCUAUUUUUCACGAAUCAUGACCUACUACGAUAAAAACAUCUAUGGUGAUUCCGCCUUUAUGAACCCGGGUCCGGCUCCUCGACCACCAACGCAAAGUAGCCGUUCGACAAACAGCUCGGUCCCGUCAAACUCGGCACACACAAGCGCCUCCCCCUCGGUGAUGAGCACGAUGAAUGCUCCGUCACCCUACGGCCCGACGGCAAACAUGAUGCCAGUGGGCAACGGGCUGCAACAGAACGGAGGUGGCGGCUCGCCAGGGGAUGUGUCGGGUGGUGACGUUCGCAAGGGUUGGGCUUCUGUCAGGGAAGAGGGACUCAGGAACCUGGGUCUCUGGUCCAAGAAAUACCUGACUCUACGCGAGACGUCGUUGGACUUUCACAAGAACGAGACGAGCAGCGCGGGUCUCUCGAUCCCGCUCAAGGACAUCGUGUCGGUGAACCGCGUGGAAAUGAAGCCUUACUGCAUCGAGGUGGUGCGAACGACGGGAGGCCAAGGAAGUACCGCGAGCAAUUCGGAUGCACCGCGUCGCACAGUCUGGGUUUCCCUCAAGUCUGACCCCGAGCUCUAUGCGUGGAUGGACGAUGUCUACUCGCGAUGCCCGUCGAUGGGAGGAGUUUCGAACCCGACAAACUUCACGCAUAAGGUGCAUGUCGGCUUCGAUCCCGUGAGCAAUGGUUUCACCGGCCUGCCAGAGGAAUGGAGCAAGCUUUUGACCAACUCGGCAAUCACCAGGGAGGACUACCAGAAGAACCCUCAGGCCGUCAUCGAGGUUCUCGAGUUCUACACCGAGGGCCAGCAACGCUUGCAGAAUCCUAAUGCUUACCCCGGCAUGGCACCCACACCUCCUCCAGCGAGGGCUCCAUUCCCCCCACCAGCGACUGGCGGCGCACAGCGCCUACCCGGCCCUCAGCGCCAGGACAGUCGAGACCGCGAGCAGUGGGAGAGGGAGCGCGCACAGCAGCAACAACAGCAAGACGACAUUCAGCGCGAGCAGCAACUACGAGACAGGGAAGAGCAGGAAAGAAGACAGCGCGAGCUCGAGAAGCAGCAGGAGCGCCGAGACAAGGAACGCCGAGAACGCGAGCAGGAAGAGGAGCUGUUCAACCGUCGGCAACAGGAGGAGGAGGAUCUGCCGCAGAAAUCGAGCACGGCCCAGACACCGAUAAUGAUGGGUGGAGGUGGCUUCUCGUCAGCGUCUGCUCGGAACCCGAUGGCUGCCAAGAGCGCCGGUUCCAAGACCCCUCAGAAGGCCCCUAGCACUCGGGAUAUGAACCCCCAGCGAACUGCACCCCGUGCGCCUGGACAGCAGCCUGCCGGUAACCUCCGUGUAGGAGCAACCAAGCCUGAACAGAAGAGGGAUCCGUCACCAGCUGCACAGAAGCCUGCCGCUAGCACCGUCAAGCCUCUCAAUGUGCCGAAUAAAUCGCAGGCCAAGGAGGUCCAGGCCCGGGAACAGCGCAAGGAGAACAAGCGUAUCUCGAACAUGACCGAGGCACAGGUGAUGGAGAAGCUGCGGUCCGUUGUUUCAAGCGGAGACCCCAACCAGUCGUACACCAAGAUCAAGAAGGUUGGCCAGGGUGCAUCGGGAUCCGUCUACGUUGCCAAGGUCAACUCGUCGCCGGCCUCCAAGACCGCUCAGGACCUGAUUCGCAUGAAGAACACCCCUCGAGUGGCUAUCAAGCAGAUGGAUCUGGCCCACCAGCCACGGAAGGAGCUGAUUGUCAACGAGAUUUUGGUUAUGAAGGAGUCUCAGCACCCCAACAUUGUCAAUUUCUUGGAUGCCUUCUUGAAGGGUACAACCGAGCUCUGGGUCGUUAUGGAGUACAUGGAGGGUGGUGCUCUUACCGAUGUUAUCGACAAUAACAGCCUCAAGGAGGACCAAAUUGCGACCAUCUGUUUCGAGACUUGCAAGGGACUCGAGCAUCUCCACCAACAGUCCAUCAUUCAUCGUGAUAUCAAGUCCGACAACGUGCUUCUCGAUGCCCAGGGACAUGUCAAGAUCACCGAUUUCGGUUUCUGUGCGAAGCUUACGGAACAAAAAUCCAAGCGUGCCACCAUGGUUGGAACGCCUUACUGGAUGGCUCCCGAAGUCGUGAAGCAGAAGGAGUAUGGAUCGAAGGUCGACAUCUGGUCACUCGGUAUCAUGGCCAUCGAGAUGAUUGAGUCCGAACCUCCCUACCUUAAUGAGGAACCUCUCAAAGCGCUUUACCUGAUUGCAACUCACGGAACCCCGACGCUUAAGAAGCCGGAUACGUUGAGCAAGGAGUUGAAGAGCUUCCUAGCCGCCUGUCUCACGGUAGACGUCCAGCAGCGUGCGACUGCCGAUGAAUUGUUGAGACACGAGUUCCUCAAGAAGGGGUGCCCUCUCAAUAGUCUGGCCUCGCUCUUGGCCUUCAAGACCGGAAAAUAGGUUGCCCGGCGGGACAAGAGUUUAAGGGGAGGGUAGGAGGGUAGGAGGGUGUGUGGUAACUCGAGACUCGGGCAACCGUAGAGAUUUGCCAACACCCGCAUUCUCUUUUGCGAUUAAGUGAAGUAUGAUGAUGAUUGGUUUUGGGGGGAGAAGGUACAAAGGGGAAGAGAGCAAGAUAUCGUGGGAGGAGCAUUAUGUUAUGAUGGCUUCUGUUCUGAUAAGUGUCUGCGAACGGACUUUUGUGUAUCUGUUUCUUCUUCUGCUGUUCCUCUGUCUUUCCUAUCUUCCAUUUUCUUUGUUUCUCAUGGGAAGCGGAUUGUUCUUUUUUCUUUCUUUUUUUUUCUUUUCGUUUUUUAUGAUAUUAGGAACGUUCCUACGUGUUUGGCUGGCGGGGGGGUGUGUGUGAACGCUCUUGGGGGU